AUGAUGGCCACCCGCCGGAUCUUUCUCGUCCUCUUCUUAAUCGCGGUUCUGGCCCCCUUCGCCUAUGCUGUCUGCAACCGAACUUGCGGCGCCUCGAAGGCGUCGGUCCCUUAUCCAUUCGGCUUCUCAGAGGGAUGCCCUAUCGUCUUGAAUUGCUCCACCGACGAGGAGCAUCCGUUCUCGUUGGGCGAAUUCAAGGUGAAAAACGUAACCUCAAGCAGCUUCUGGAUCGAUUUGCAUCCAUCGUGCAACCGGUCGAUCUCGACAGUAAAGCAUUUCUUCAAGCAUAAUUAUAGGAUGACAGCGAGGAACACUCUUCUCCUCCAGACUUGCUCGUCCGAUACCGUCGCCCCUGUUUGCCUACCAUCAUUGUCGAAUUUUUCCAAUAAUCUGGGCUCGUGGGCCGGGCAAUGCAAAUCCAUCCAAAUUAACUGCUUCUCAGCCAACACAAGCCAUCGGGGCCGUGAUCUGCCCCCACUACUGAGCAGCGAUUUCAUUGACGGCCUCAAUUGUUCCAAUCUCUACUCUUCGAUGACUCUCAUCGACCAGGCCGCCUCGAUUCAACUAGAGACGGUGGAACUCGGCUGGUGGCUGGGGAACAACUGUUCUCUGUGCCACAAAGAUGCUAAGUGCAGCUUAAGCCACAGGACAGUAUUGAACCCUGGAAAGAACAGUAGCGCUGUCCAGAGUCCUUUGUGCGUGUGCCUGGAUGGACUCGCCGGCGACGGGUUCAGCGAAGGAGACGGCUGCCAAAGAGGUACGCAAAGCCACUGA